UGGCCCAAGUAAAAUCUCGACAUUAUUAAUUAUAAAGUUCGUGUCUUUCCUCAACUUCUCGCUUGUUCUAACACUAUUCUUUGAGUAAUCUUCCGAAUUAUUUACUGUCUUCAAGAUGGCGAUGGCCAGGAAGUUCUUCGUCGGCGGUAACUGGAAAUGCAAUGGAACGACCGAAGAUGUGAAAAAGAUAGUUGCAACUCUUAAUGCUGGCGAUGUUCCUUCAACUGAUGUUGUGGAGGUGGUUGUUAGCCCUCCAUAUGUUUUUCUUCCUCUGGUUCAGAGUUCUUUGAAACCUAAUUUUCAAGUUGCUGCUCAGAAUUGUUGGGUUAAGAAAGGAGGAGCUUUCACUGGUGAAAUCAGUGCUGAGAUGCUUGUCAAUUUGGGUAUCCCCUGGGUCAUUAUUGGUCAUUCUGAGAGGAGAGCUUUACUAAAGGAAUCAAAUGAAUUUGUUGGAGAUAAGGUAGCUUAUGCUCUUGCCCAAGGUUUGAAGGUCAUUGCUUGCGUUGGUGAGACUCUCGAGGAGCGUGAAUCUGGAUCAACCAUGGACGUUGUUGCUGCACAAACUAAGGCAAUUGCUGAUCGGGUAACAAGCUGGGAGAACAUUGUCUUGGCUUAUGAACCAGUUUGGGCCAUUGGAACUGGAAAGGUUGCAACUCCUGCUCAAGCUCAGGAGGUACACAAUGAACUAAGAAAAUGGUUCCAAGCAAAUGUUAGUUCUGAAGUUGCUUCUACAAUCCGCAUCAUAUAUGGAGGUUCUGUGAGCGGUGCCAACUGCAAGGAGCUGGCGGCACAGCCUGAUCUUGAUGGCUUUCUGGUUGGAGGUGCCUCCUUAAAGGCGGAAUUCAUUGACAUAAUCAAGUCUGCUGAGGUGAAGAAAAAUGCCUAAACAAGAGCUGUUGGUUGAUGUAUGAGAUCCGGAUUUUCUCAUGAAGUUUCUUCAUGAAAGACAGUACUAGCCUUUUUUGAGAAUAAAUUUGUAUGCUCUUUUAUUCUUUUUGAUGAAAGAAAUUGUGGAACAUUAUGUGUUGUUUUUGUUGAGGAAAUCUUUUGUAAGAAGACUAUGGGGUUAGUUAUAUUUUAUUCUCUUUAUUGUCUCUUGUUUGA